AUGAUCGUGCGCCAUGAUUCUGGCGCUGGUCGCGUGUUGGCUGGCCCUAGCGGCAUCAUGAUAACGCAGGAGACGGACCUCACAGACGAACACAAACCUCUCAGCCUGGGGCGUGGUCUGCUCGCUCUCAGAAAGCCCAUGGGCGGCGUGGGUUGGGUCGCCGUGUCUAGCGGGGCUAUCGUUGUGAGAAGACAAUCGCGCAGCCGCGUCAGUUUCUACUACGUCACCCUACCGCGCCUCUUCAUAUUCAUUAUGAUGCCUCCACACGAUACUUACAACGGGCGACGACGAAGACACGCACUAGAGCGCAAGCGGGAGACAUAACUAUAGACAGUGGCACUGGCAAAGCUCUGUCGCAGGUGGCGUUGCAUAGGAUAGGGCUUCUCUAUCAUCUUGGACUGAUAGUUCAUCGCAUCAUCUUCUAUAUCUGCCGCCGCCCUCCAUCUCUGAUUCUCCUGCGAGAAGAGGCACUACGGACGUCUGAGCUGGGCGGCCUACUUCUGGUGCAGCUGCCCCCACUACUUUGUUUUGGUUUAGCUGCCGCAGCAGUGAGCGCUGCAGUCGGAUAUGGACAGAUGCGCACGCAGAUGCCCGCUUGUUUAUGUCGCUGCUACUGAAAAGCCCCAAUCAUGGACGUCAGAAUGCGUACGAAGUGGCUUAGUGAGCUGUGGUGUGGAUCUUUGUGUCCUCCUGUUAGAGCGUGUUAGCGCCACGGCCUGCAGGAUGGUUGUAGAUCGUGAGCACAGCCGACAACUGCGCGCUGGUUGUUCUCUGCGGCAGAAGGGGACUCGCCGAUGUCUCUGGGGCUGCGUCGUCAUCGGGCUAUCUACCUAACCCAGUGGCUGGCGCGACGCUCGCUUAUGGCAAGGUACUGGCCACCACUCGCGCAAUCAUUGGCACCACAGGCACGCCGUGCACAGUUACCUAAGGAGGCGCGCGCGUGAGGUACUAGACGCUCUUGUGGUGCGUAUGGAUGUGGCGCGCUGUGCUCUACACUCGUGCAGCGGUUAUCGCAGAUCAUUCCCUGGAGGGUCUUACCCAUAUACUAGAAUGAUUUAGAGAACGAACGUAGGGUGGGCUUGAAUGGAUCGGGUGGACCGCCCUAAAUCUUCCAGUCCCACUGGAAAUGAUGGGGAGCCCAUCCGCCCCAUUCGAUCCAUCGCCAUCCCGUCCUGGAUCUGGCGCCCCUCUAGAUUAUUCGAGUUAUACAAUUGAGGCGGCCCCAGCUGCCACUUGCUUCGGCUCCGCUCG